AUGAUUUAUGAUCACAAGUGGAGAGUCCUUCCCGACCGGGAGACUCUGGAAAAGAAGCGGCUGCGAGAAAGGCGCGAAAAAUUCGUGAAGAUGGAAACGAUGGAACUCGCACCGGACGGCCAUGGCAUCUGCUUCCCUCCCAGGGAUUGGACCAAGAACCUCUCCGAGGAGGACCGACAGCGGAGGGCAGACGCUAGAAAGAUAUUUCAAAAUGCACGCAGGUACACACCGUGCAGGGGCGCAAUAUGUAGAUGGGCGACCACGCAUACAGCUAGCUACGUGCGUAGAUAUACGCAGAUAGAGAUACUGAUGACCAGCUCACAAGAAAAGGUGAAAUCCACGAACAGGAGCUAA